AUGCCUUUGAGGGACAACUUUACAUCAACACCAUCCUUAACACCUUUUACAAAUCAAACUCAUGCAUCGCUAAAUAAAAAUGCAUCUGACUCUAGUGCUAGCAAUGCCAUUUGCCCACUGUAUUUGUCCUCAUCGUCACCAUCUGGUGAUGGUGCAAAAUUUUCAGGGAAUAGCACCGCCCCAAGGGGUGCUGGUGAAGGCCCAUUGCAGCCAGCUAGCGCUCCGGGCUGUACAAAUCGGCCAAAUCACGUUGCAGAUGAUAUGAAUAUCCAUGGGAUUGGUGGCUUUGCGUCCAAAAAGAGAGCAAUCGCCCAGACCGAAUUUAGCGCAAAUUUACCAGCACAAAGGGGCCUGGGUGUUAAGGAUGCCCCGCAGGAGCGAUCUGCAUAUUUUCCACAGCAGGCACUGCCCAAGUUUGCUCAAAGUAUCUUAUAUCCAUGUAAUAUUUGUUCUAGGAUCGACUCGUAUUUCAAAUCGCAUGUCGAGAUUAUCAUGAAUCCUGACAUCCACACCCCGUUUGCAUCCUAUGACGACGCCAUCAAUAGACUGAUUCCUUACCACUUAUUGCUAUCCAAUGUAAAUCAAUUUCAAACGCCACAUUCUUUCAUACCCGAAAAUGUGUUCAAAAUAUUGGACCGGGCUACCAAUAAGAUCACAAGAUCCGAUGAUUCAGAAUACAACUAUUCCACAUUUUUAAACUUGAAAUGUAUUUUUGAGUCUCGCCGUAUGGCCAAUUCCAAGAUCGGGGCAAAACCAGGGGCCAUUGCCUCUGCCGCUGUGUUACCGCAGGCCAAACAUUCAAGCUAUUCUCAUGCCCAAUCCUCGUUCCACCCUAGCCCUACACAAUAUAUCGCGCCAAGUGCUGGUGGAGGGCAUUCAUAUGCGCAAAAACCGACAAUGCCAUAUCACACGUCUGUGCCGAUGGCUGGGUUUGCUCAGCAUGCCUUUUAUGGGCCACCUGUUUCUGCUGCGCCUCAAGGAUAUAUGAUACCAUCUAAUUUCCAAGGGUAUUCUCACGGCUUUGUCCCAAAGGGAAUUCAUCAGAUGCAAUCCAAUGUGUCACCCCCGCAAAUGUCGCACCCCCAACAGUUCCAUCCAUAUGGUUUUGCGCCACAGUCGACAACACCUGUGCCAUAUUACUUGCCCCAAUUUUCCCAACAGCAUAUUUUUAAUAAUUAUUCCUCAAUAGGGGGGCCUGUACCUCCGAAACAUGUGCCUAAUGAUGGAUUCGAAUCCGGCUCUUCUUCAUCCUCUUCAUCUUCAGUUAAGCGGCCAUCCAAUUAA